UACAUUUAUAACCAAUAGAAAAUAAGGUUGUCGAUUAUGAUUAAGCUUGCCACCAAAAAAAUUGAAAAUCCUUAGCAGUUUAGAAUUCAAAAUAUAACCAAUAGAAUUUCUGUCUCAUAUAUUGGUUAUAUAACCCUCUUCUCCCUCCGAACAUCCAAUUGUCUUGCAUUUCUAGUUCUUCUUUUUACAGUUUCUUCUACCUAUCUCCACCUCUUUCGUUUCCCAUAUGUAAGGCAUUUUUUUUUUUUCAACCUUUUCUCCCUUUCCUUUGUUUUCUUUCAUCUUUUAUUUUCUCAACUAAGAAUUUCUAUUAUUUGAUAUAUUAAUAGCUAGGUUUUUUUUUUAAUUUUUAAUUUUUGUAGGCUGUAUUUCUUAUUUUAAAUUUGAUUUAUACUUUUCAUUUUCUUUUAUUUCAACAACAUCAUAAUGUAUUUCAAUUUAGAUUCCUUUUCUUUUCUUUUCUUUCUUUCAUUUUUUUUUUUUUUGCAAAAUUGUUAUCUCAAAAUAAGGCAACAAAGAGGGGAGGAGUUAGGCCUACAGCUUUGGAGUCAUACAUGUUGACUCACACAACUCAUAGACCUGAUACUCAACAAGGUGGCCCACCUGCUUGGAUAUGUCUACAGAUUGAGCAGACUUAUCCAGCUCUGGUGAAAUGGAAGUGCAAAGAGCUAGCUUUAGAAGCUGCAGCCGGCUCUACGCGUAAAGAUUUAAAGGAUCUUGCAGAGCAUGGCAUACCAUGGCAACGAUAUGAGAUUAGUGAGGUCUCAUCUUCUACCACUAGGAUGCUUAUGACGCAAGUCCAGCAGUUGCAAUUUGAGCUUAUGCAAGUUCAGGAAGAAAUGGCAAAGCGAGUUUAGGCAGAGGUGACUGCAUGUAUUUAGAUAGAGCUCUCACAGAGAGUAUAAAAAAUGGAGGCUACUUUUGAGAGGAGAUUCCAAGAGCAUAUGCGUUUACCUAGCCAACAGUACUCAUAUAUAAGUUUUGCACCACUUGGUGGUCCUUCUUUUGGAGGGUUGGAACCUAGCUACAUGUCACCUCUUCCUUAGAGAUAUUUGAUAUUUUGGACUUAUGAUAUAUCUGUUUAUAUAUGCCUAAUACACUAGAUAUUUUGUG